AUGCCUGAAACUAUUGGUGAUUAUCAAUAUAGCAAACGAGAUUUAAUUGGACAUGGUGCUUUUGCUAUUGUAUUUCUUGGUCAUUCAAAAAGUAGUCCUGAACAACAAGUAGCUAUUAAACAGAUAACAAAAAAACAAUUAGCAAAAUCACAAAGUUUAUUAGAAAAAGAAAUUAAAAUUCUCAAAGAAUUAACUAAACUUAAACAUGAAAAUUUAGUUGCUUUACUUGAUUGCAAAGAAUCUCAAAAUAAUGUUUAUCUUGUAAUGGAGUUUUGUAAUGGUGGUGAUUUAGCUGAUUAUCUUCAAUCAAGACAAACACUUAGUGAAGAUACAAUUGCUAUUUUCUUUCGACAAAUUGCUGCUGCUAUUCGUGCUUGUCAUGAGCAUAGUGUUGUUCAUCGAGAUUUAAAACCACAAAAUAUUCUUUUAUCACAUCCAGAUAAAAAUGAUCAACGUGUACAAGAUGUUAUAUUAAAAAUAGCUGAUUUUGGUUUUGCUAGAUUUUUAUCUGAUGGUGUUAUGGCUGGAACAUUAUGUGGUUCUCCAAUGUAUAUGGCACCAGAAGUUAUUCGAUCAUUACAAUAUGAUGGAAAAGCUGAUUUAUGGUCAAUUGGUACAAUUAUGUAUCAAUGUUUAACAGGCAAAGCACCAUUUCAAGCACAAACACCACAAGCACUUAAACAAUUUUAUGAAAGAAAUGUUAAUUUAGCACCAUCAAUUCCACCAUCAACUUCACGAGAAUUAACAGAUUUAAUUGUAAGAAUUUUAAAGCGAAAUCCAAAAGAACGUAUUGAUUAUGAAGAUUUUUUUAAUCAUCCAUUUUUAAAAAAAAGUCAACCUGUACCAAUAUCAUCAGGUCGAACAGAAAAAACAGCUAUGAGUAUUAUUAGUUCAUCACCAUUACGUGAAGGAAUUUUAUCUCAAGGACAAGAUUUUGAUUUACCAAUUCCUCGGCAAUUUAGCCGUCAGAUUGAUCCAAUUCCUGAAUAUGAACCAGAUGUUGUACCGAAUACAUUACCAAUACCAACACAACCAACAACAAAUAAUCGUCGUUCACCAUCACCAAAUUCUGUAAAUAAUCUAGUUCCAAUAAUAAAUGCAAAUAAAUCAAUAACGAAAUAUACAUCAAAUCCAUUAAUACCAACAUUAACAAAACCAGAUGAUUUUGUACUUAUACCUGAACAUGUUACAAUUGAAAAAAGUCUUCCAACAGGUGGUCAUACAUCAUUUGCUCAACUUUCAAGAGAAAAACGUCUUAUAAAAGAACAACAUCGUACAUUAUCUGAAGGAGUUUUAUGUUCAAAAGAACCAUCAUCACAACGACCAGAUAAUCUUGCAUUAAUAGCUAUUGAAAAUACAACUACAAUGAAAGAUACUCGAACAUCCAAUAUUACACAACCAAUACCAGUUCCAUCACAAAUUCAUAAUUAUGAAAAAAUGCAAGAAUCAAGAGAUCGUGGAAAAAGUAUUGGUGGUGUAUCAGCUGGUAGUCCAAAUAGUAGUCCAUAUGAUGAUCGUCGUGCAUCAUUAGAUCGUCUUCGUCGAGCAAGUAUUGUUUCAUCAAAUUCUGAUUUAGCUAAUUCAAUUAGUCCACCAGCUGUACGAUUUACAAUUGAUACUACAAAUAUAUCAGCAAAUCCAUUUAGUUUAGUACCAUCAACACGUCGAACAAAUACAACAACACCACCACCAUCACGAACAAUUCAACAAUCAGCAUCAAAUUCAAGUCUUGUACAACAACAAAAUUCAAAAUUAAUUAUUGAUGCAUCACCACUUAAAUCACGACAAAAAUUAACAGAUAUUGAUAUUCCACAUGAUCGAUUUUUUGAACAAGAAAAUAAUACUGAUUUUUUUACAACAGAUAUUGAUCAACAAACAACAGCAGGAUCAAUUCGUCGACGUGUUACUUCUAUAUUUGGUGAUACAAAUCCUGAAAAUCGUUAUUAUGAACCACAAAAAAUUACAGAAGAUACAUUAAUGGAUACUGAACAUCAUGAUACAUUAAAUAAACUUGAAUUUAUUCUUCAAUUAGUUGAAUAUAUAUUAAAUUUAGCUAGUUCACGUACAAGUUUAUUAACAGAAUCAUUAAGUUUAAAUAAUAAGAACAGUAAUAAUAAUAAUUUACCACGACCUAAAAUGGAUCGUCUUAGUCAUGUGGAUAAUUUAUAUAAACGUGCAGAACAAUUAACACUCUAUGUUAAAGCAAUGCAUUUUCUUAGUUCAGCUAUGUGUCUUGCUCGUGAUACACUCAAAUCUGGAAAAUUACAUGCAACAGCUAAUGUUCGAAAUGCUGUUAGUGAUUUAAAUAAUAAAUAUAAACAUUGUUUAAUAAUGUGUAAACAAUUAAGUACACAAGAAGAAUUAUUAACACAUGAUGAAAUGAAAGGUGUUACAUUAACAGCUGAUAAAUUACUUUAUUUACAUGCAAUUGAUCUUUGUUUAAAUGCAGCUAGUUUAGAGUUUUUUGGUAAAGCUCAAGAAUGUAUUGGGCCAUAUACUCAAGCCCAAGUUUUAUUUCAUAGUUUAAGUCAACAAGCAACAACUGAUUGUGAUCGAUCAAUAUUACGACAAUAUCGUGAAGCAGUCGAACGACGUUUACAUUGUCUUCAAAAUCAGGGACUUAUUGUGCUCAAUGAACCAUCGAGCACUUGUUAA